AAGGAGAACUGACCACAACCAAUCACCACGACCACGAACCGGAGAGAUUGCCAUCCCCAGACCGCGGAAUGUCCAACGAACUCAGCGAAUUGAUCGCUCUCGGCUGUCCGGACCUUACGGCCCAGAAGCCAGAGGGUGGUAGCACCAAGAUUGAGCUGAUCCUUAACACGGAGCGCCGUCUCAGCAUCAAACAGAUGACGGCCACGGAUCUGGCAGCCCUUCGAGCAGCAGCCGCUGCCGAAGCCGAGGCCAGAGCACGGGCACAGGCGGAAGCGGAAGCCAGGGCGAUAGCCCAGGAACAAUUGCGCCAAGCCCGCGAGGCCGAGUCGAAGGCCAGAGCACGUGCUGCCCUCGAGGUGCAGGCCCAGUUGCAGCGGGUGAUGGAGAGCGAGAAGCGCAGGGAGCGGGAAGAGCAGGAGGAACGAGACAGAAAGGCUAAACAGGAGGAAGACGAAGAAGAUGAGGAGGAGGAAGACGAAGAAGAAGAAAAGGAGGAGGACUUGGCCAAGGGUUCCCUACCCUCCAAUGCAGGUCCGAGGGAACGCAUAACCUCGCUGCCCAACAUCCUUGACGAUGCCAUGGAAAUGCACCUCUUGAAUGUCUCACAGCCCAAAGUCACAUCUGGGGAUGAUUCUCCGCCGCGGAAGAGCACCUCCCACCUGGCCGACUCCAUUGAACUGCUCCGUAUGCAGCGAGCUGCACGCGAUGCCAGAUCCCAUAAUCGAACACGAGAGCGUUCCAUUUCGCCGGGUUCGCGUAAUCGUGAACGAAGUGCUGCUCCCGAUCGUCUCCAGAGUUCUGCGAGUAUGAGCAGCUUGGACUCGGCCAGUGUCAGUGCCUCGGCCUCACGACAGCCCAGCAAGGCAGAGAGUCGACGUGGCAGCACAUCCAGUGCCUCUGGUGUGGAACCACCUGCGGCAGCACCUGCCCUGGCCUCCAAAUUUCCACUCUCCAAAACGGUAUCGGCUCCCAAUAUGAUGAAUCGAAGAAAAAGCAGUCUCACCUCUCUCUUUCCGGGACCCGCGCCACUGGGCCCUGAACCCAUGCUGCAUACCACUCCGGUGGCUCCACCGCCGGAAGAGGACCACCGUCGAGGGCGAAUGGAGGAUGGUUAUCGUGAGAUACCAAGCGGAAAGAUGGUGCAUCGCACAAAGACUCCACCCCCGGUUGGUGCCAAUCUAGGAGUUAACCUGAAGCGAGUAACUGCGCCCAGUGGUUCCAUAACUGUCAAGCCCAAGGAGUCACCCAUGUUGGGUGUGGUGCUCCGAAAAGUUGAGAAGAAAGUAGUGCCACAAAAAAGUAUCCUGGAUGACGACAAACCACUCUAUCACUUCUCCAUUGUGCGCAGCGAUCACAAGGAGCAUGUGCCCGCCCAGAAGCCAAAGCCGAAGCCUGCUCCUCCAGCUGUUAAACCCAGUCCAGGUGGCAUCCUCACCGGUCCCCAGGUGAUACGCACAGCGCAGCCCAAACAACCUGUGCCCGUCAAGCCUCAGCGUCCCAUGCCCGGAGUGCCCAUCACAAUAACCAAAAUCGAAGGCGACAAGAUCAUCAUUAUCAAGAAGAUUGUUGUGCCGAAGAACAGUAAGAUACCGGAGCAGUAUCUGCAGAUGAGUGAAGAUGCGGCCAAGCCAACAAAUGCAUUGCCAACAGCAGUUUCCGCCGCCCCAUCGUCCAACCUAAGGACCAAGGAGGAAUCCCUGCCAGCCAUGCAGAAACCAACGCCACCGCCGGCCAGUACUGGUCAGCAAUUCUUCCAGGUGGUCUCACCACAAUUCGCCUCAGUGCUGUCGUCCAGCAUACCGGAAAGCAAGUGUGCCGUCCGGUCACCGAUCUCCUCACCGCUGGCCAUCCGCAAGAGUCGUCCGCCACUUUUGCCGGCAAGUCCCAAGUCCACGCCACCGCUGCCUCGAAAGCAUCAUCCGCUGGCGUAUAAUGCGGCCACAGGGACAAUCAGCAGUGCGGCAGGAGGUGCGUUGCCUGCACGCCUCAUGGCUACCAUUGCCUCGAGUCCCGCCUCCAGCAUAUCGGUGUCCUCCUCCAGUUCACCUUCAUCCUCGCCGCCACCUCCAGUGCCCUGUAGGGCGCCAAAGCAUGCCAGUAAACCCACUGCUCCUGCAGGGGCUCCUCCGCCAUCCAAUGAGAUUACGCUGGACAAGCUGUUGCAGCAGCAACAGGAGCUGGAGGAGAAGUCGGCGGCGGCCAAGAAUAGUGCGCAGAUUGAUGCUAAUUUCUACGAUGCCGAAAUUGAGAUGAUGAACAAGUAUCUGAAGAGCUUGCCCGACUACAGCGAGUUGGACAGGAAACUGCACCAGGAGUUUCAGGAGUGCGAAGAUCUCUACGACAGGCUUAAGCGCCAGCAGCAGCCGCUGGCCAAGUCAAUUUCGCAGCAAUCGGUGACCAAGGGAACACCAGGUGCCACAGUUCCGGCCAUCUCUUCCGGUCUGGCCAAGUCAUCGUCCAUCAAUUUUGCUCAUAAUCCCAGCAGUCGGGGAACUGCCUCCCGGAUGGCCUAUCCCUCGAUAUUCUCACAGCCUGGAGGAGAGCCCAAACUGCAGCGUAGCAUCUCUAGUUCCAAUAUGCCGAUAAGUACGCCCACUCCAAUGCGUCCGUUGCCCGCGAAGAAUGGCCUGCAGAGUGGCUCGAAUCUCUCCCUGAACAAGCAGCUGAUGAACGAGUUCUGGAGCGAGAAUCUAACCAGUUCCCAUAAGCGACAAACUCCCAAGCGCACGUUCUGGAACUACGAGAAGAUUUGUGGCGCCCAGUUGGGCGAUGCCGGUCAGCCCUUUAAGGUGGAUGCCAAGACGGCCAAGAAGCUGGCCAUCUUUGACCCCACGGUAGCGGAAGCAGCACAGAAAGAGCUACAACGUCCGCAGCAACCGGCUCAGAAUCAACCCCACAAGCUGCAGAAGAAUGCCUCGCUGUCACACCUGGAUCUUAAAGUCCGGCAGGCGGUGACCAAGGAUGAUUUGUACAAAUUGAUAUGCAACGAGCAAUCCCCGUCGACGGGAGCGGGUUUUGUGAGUCGCGUGCCCGUCAAGCAACAGCAGCAGCAACAGCCAGCGGUGAACCAGCAGCCGCAAGUCCUACCCAAAAGCGUGUCCAUGACGCAUGUACCGGGUGGCAGCCAACCCAUGGGAGGAGGUCCUCUGUUGCGGACCACAAGCCGCACGCACAUACCCUGCUACAUGAAACACCUGCCUUCCUUGAGUAGGAGCACCUCAAACUCUGCGAUAAUGAUUACGCCACAGCCACGCAAGGAACCGCUAACCAAGGAACCGCUUAAAUCAGCUCCUGUUACGGUCCCAGCUUCUGUUCCAGCUCCUGUAACUGCUCCUGCUCCUGCUCAUGUUCCUGCUCCAGCACCUGCUCCUGCUCCUGUUCCUGCCCUAUCGACUUUUAACAAAUCCAGUGGCGUACUAAAGAGCUCCAGUAGUUCCUGCGUUCCAUCGCCACGCUGUGCCGCCGCCUUCUUUCGCCGACCGCAGGAAACUAGCAAUCAACAGCAGCAGCAACAGCAACCUUUACAGCUACCGCAAAAGGCUUUGCCCACCGAGGAAUCCGGGCCUGGGGACUCUGCCUCGCUCGAGCGCAAGUCGGAGAAGAGCAACAGCACGAUAAGCACGAGUAGCUUUACGGUGACCAACUGUUGUACCACCCACCUGCCGCAGCUCUCCAAGUUCACCUCAUCGUUCCACAUUGCCCCGACCACAACAUCGGCCACUACGACGACGUCAACGGCAACACCAACGGCAACGUGGAAUAGUUUUGCGGGCUCCGCCAUGAAUGGAGCUGCUGAACCCUUCAUGCAGACGCAGCAGCAACAUAUGCCACACCACCAACAGCGUAUGCCCUACAAGCUGCAACAAUCGUAUUCCUCCUCCAAUGUGCCAAAGCAGACGUCCAAAUCGGGACUGGCCAUGUUUCUGCAAAAGAAUACCAACAAGGAGAACAAGUUUGGACAGCCGCUGCAGCAGCAACAGCAGCAGCAGCCGCCAGGCAUGAUGCCACAGAUGUACGGCUACCAGGUGCCGCAGCAGCAAACGCAGUUGCCCAUCUCCAAGCUGGGUUAUCCCCGCAUCGGCGCCCCACUGACGCACUCCGUUUCCUUCAGCUCCGCCCAGCGUCCAACGGCCCUGCUAUUUCACCAGCAACAUCAGCAGCAAAAACAACAUCAGCAGCAGCAACAACAACAGCCGCAUUCCAACUUUGGGCAGGGCAUGAUGAGUAGAAACUAUUACAAUCUGCCCAAGCAGCCGGAGCGUAAGCCGCUGCAGACCUUUGAUCCCUAUGCCUAUCCCAAGCCGAAUCAGAUGCAGCCGGUCAAGUACCAGCCGCAGCCGCAGUUACAGCAACAUCAGCAAUCGCAUCCGCAUACGCAGUUUCUGAAUGCUUCCGCCGGUGGCGGAGGAGGAGGAGGAGGUGGUGGCGCUGGCGCUGCCGCUGGGCUUCAAUACGAUCCAAAUACAAAUACGCAAUUGUUUUACGCGUCGGCGGCGUCAUCAUCGGCCAAUAUGCAACCGCAGCAACCGCAACAGCAACUGCAACAAAGCAAUUCUGUCAUAUUUAAUCACCACCAACAACAUCAACACCAGCAACAACAGCAGAAUGAAAUGUCCAAGUCCGCUUUGGGACUGCACUUUAUCGAGACAGCAAAGCCCGUCAUUCAAGAUGAUGCUGAUGGUCACUUAAUUUACCACACCGGAGACAUUCUCCAUCACAGAUAUAAGAUCAUGGCCACACUGGGCGAGGGAACUUUUGGACGUGUGGUUAAGGUCAAAGACAUGGAGCGCGAUUAUUGCAUGGCCUUAAAGAUCAUUAAGAACGUGGAAAAGUACCGCGAAGCUGCCAAGCUGGAGAUUAAUGCCCUUGAGAAGAUUGCGCAGAAGGAUCCGCAUUGCGAUCAUUUGUGUGUGAAAAUGAUUGACUGGUUUGAUUACCAUGGACACAUGUGUAUAGUAUUUGAAAUGUUGGGGCUAAGUGUUUUCGAUUUUCUGCGUGAGAACAACUAUGAGCCAUACCCGUUGGACCAAGUGCGCCACAUGGCCUAUCAAUUAUGCUACUCUGUGAAAUUUCUUCAUGACAAUCGUUUAACGCACACAGAUCUCAAGCCGGAGAACAUACUGUUCGUCGAUUCGGAUUAUUCUUCUCACUAUAAUCAUAAGGUUAAUCGAGAGGUUCGCCGUGUCAAAAACACAGACGUCCGUCUAAUUGACUUCGGCUCGGCCACCUUCGACCACGAGCACCACAGCACAAUUGUCUCGACGCGACAUUAUCGCGCGCCUGAGGUCAUACUGGAGCUGGGUUGGUCGCAACCCUGUGAUGUUUGGUCCAUUGGGUGCAUCUUGUUCGAACUGUAUCUGGGCAUCACGCUCUUCCAAACGCACGACAACCGCGAGCACUUGGCCAUGAUGGAGCGCAUCUUGGGACAAAUACCAUAUCGCAUGGCACGCAAUCACACUCUUUACAGCAAAACCAAAACAAAGUACUUCUAUCAUGGUAAGUUGGAUUGGGAUGAGAAGUCCAGUGCGGGUCGCUACGUCCGGGAUCACUGCAAGCCGCUGCAACAGUGCCAGCUGAGCGACGGUGAGGACCACUACGAGCUCUUCAGUCUAAUCAAAAAGAUGCUGGAGUACGAGCCUUCGUCCCGAAUCACGUUAGGUGAGGCCCUGCGUCAUCCGUUUUUCAACAAGCUGCCGCCACACCAUCGGGUAGGAGAAAUGGCCAAUAAGCAGCCCCUGUCGUCGGGCAGCAGCAGCCGCGAGCGAUCGCAUAGUCUGUCCAGAUGAGAAUUACAGCGAUUUGGUUAUUGUUGACAGACAGCGCUGAUUAAGCACUCAAUCAUGCAAACAUACACACAAAGCAGUCGUCCAGCAACGUCCUGCACCGACAUCGUAGAGUAGUCCCGCAAUCACAACGGCAGAACCCUAAUUUAAGUGCUAAAGUCUUUCAACUGACGUUUUUUUUAAACUUGACUUGUAUAGAUGUUUCUCAUACAAAAACCCCAUUCGACACAUUGUUUCCUAGUACAACGUGCACACGUUGCUGUGCACCAUUUAGAGCUGUGUGGCGCAACGCCUGCGCCUGUGCAUUGUACCAUACCCGCCAACAGUGUUUUGUUCUGUAAACAAAUGAUAACCAAAUCGUGUAUAAUAUAGAUAGUGCGGUGCGUCCUCCCGACACUUGAACCUAACUGUAAAUGUCUUGAAAUGUGCGCCCCCGCGGUAGAAGAGACAAUUUGAACCGACUGCAAGACCGAUUAAUGAAAUAUACAAAUGUAGUUGUAACAUAAGAAGUCGCUUAAACGCUAGUUGAAAUGUAUCCCCCACAAGUGCACAAUGUCAAUGGAUUGGGAGCCCGACUAAUUUGUAAUUAAUACCCCAUUUCGAGAGCGUGAUCUGUAAGCUAAUGCGAGCCAUUACUACACACAUAAUACACACCCCCACGCCUGUAUGAAUAAAUGUAAAUGUAAAGAGCAAUUGUUAUGCCGCCCUGUGUGCACGAUCGCGAUUCUGCGCGCAUUUUGUGUAAAUUCAGUAGCAGCCCCCGAGUCAUUUCUCUUAAAAUACGUUUGGAAAUAUUUAAAUUUUUUGCCGGCCUGUUUUGUUCGUUUUCGUUUUUACAAUCGAAUAUCGAAAGAUAAACCCAUAUACAUUGAUACACGCAUACAGCAUCGUAUGAACACUAGAGUAUAUAUGCAUAUACUUAUACAUACUUAAUUCAAAUGAUUGUGAGUUAGUUUAAUAUUACAUAAAUAUUAAUUAUAAAUUACAUUAUUUGCAACUUAACCCGAUCAACCAGCAUAUAAGAUAAA